ACCUGCCUUUGCCUUGCCUGCCCGCGAUCCUUGACUUGGCCAUCUGCUAAUUUAUCUAUCCAAAAGUUCCUGUCCUGCCCUGUCACUUUGAUGCCGAUUGUUUUGAUAAAUUUGAUCAGUUUGCAGCCCCAUUAGAUUUUUUGGCUUGCGCGGGCAGCUGUUUUCCUGGUUGUUGGUUGUUCUCAGUGAUACCGUGACAAUUGCCCCACGUUCUGUGCCCGCUCUACAACAGCUUAAAGCCAACCAGCCAAUUCAAAGACAGCGCUCUUUGGAGGUGUUUUGUCGAAAGACACAUUUCCCUUUUCAACAAUCUGAACUUAGCACAAAGUACGGCGACAGCCCUAACGGACUGAAGAAAAAAAAUGUCAGAUGAUGAGGCCGACCCCGAACUCGUCGAAUUGCUUCGGCAGCAUAUUCAAGGGCGACUCAGGGUGAGCGAGGAGCCUGAGACUGGUGUUCUUCAAGACGCCGAGUAUGUCUACGACAACUCGAUCGACGUCGCCGUGGAUAUGCGUUCGACCAAGAACGCCGCAGCUGCUAUCUACGACGCGAUGCAAAAAAAAUCGUAUUCCACCGCUACCUGGAGUGAGCAUGAAUUGCACCCAAAGCCUGAUGGCGGUGAGGCCACUGUCGCUUUCAUCUUUACCAUGGACCUGCUCAACUUCAGUUUCUGGUCUGAACUGCCGGAUGAUAAGCGCUUUGCCAUCGAAUACCGCGGGAAGAAGUGGACAGGUUACUGGAGUUUGGUGGCUGCUCUGCAGAGGGCAUUGGAAGAGGGGAUUCCCAUCACGAGUUCCGAUUUCUGGCAAAGCGAGGAUGAAUGUAAUCUGGAGGUUUUGAAGCAGGUUUUUCGCUCCGCCACAGACGAGGAGAUGCCUUUGCUCGCUGAGCGUCUCUCUUGUCUCCGUGAAGCAGGCCAGGUCCUAUACGAAAAAUACUCGUGCAGUGCAGCAAAUAUCAUUGAAGCCGCCGAUGGCUCGGCAGCUCGAUUCGUCAACAUCCUGGCUCGCGACUUUGCCUGUUUCCGUGACGAGCACCACUUACCAGGCGGUCGUCGGAGACCCGUUCGUAUCCUCAAACGCGCUCAGAUCCUAGCCGCGGACCUCUGGGCUUGUUUUCAGGGCGAAGGCCCGUACGGCAACUUUCGAGAUAUUGACAAGAUCACCAUGUUUGCCGAUUAUCGUGUACCGCAGAUUCUGUGCAGUCUGGGCUGCAUUGGUUACAGUCCUCCUUUGGAUGUCGCUAUUAAGGAGAAGCGAUUGUUGGAAGUUGGGGGUGUUUGGGAGAUGCAGUUGAGAGCCUGCAGUAUCUGGUGUGUAGAACUUUUGCGGAGAGAAAUCCUGCGGACGCACCCAGAUGCCAAAGUCAACGCCAUAUUGAUCGAUUUCUUCUUGUACGACACGAUGAAGGAAAAAGAGGCUGCCGGCCAGGAAACGGUACCACACCACAGGACGAGGAGCAUAUGGUACUGAAAUCAUAAGCAUUAUCAUUUCGUUUCUGUAGCGCUGAGCUACAUGGAUGCGGGAAUCUAAAAUGUUCCCUAGUCAAUACCAUCAUCUCACGAACAAGUAACUUUACAAGACCAAAAGCAAUUCCUUCGCCAAACGCCCGCCAAACUGGAAACUCCAAGCCAUCAACCAAAACAAAAUAUGGGACAACAAAAUCCUCACGAACUGCCAACUCCUAUCGCUGUUGAGUUCAUGAUCUCAUCAAUGUAUGCUCUCUGGCUGCCCUCGUCUUGGCCAGCAGCUUCCUCGUGUACUAGAACAGCAAGUGCCUCAAUUGGAGGGUUCAGUCCCAAACGCUGGGCACGCAUCCACCUCCUCUUGCGCGAACUACCAAUGCAUGGCUAUAGUAAUGGUUGCCUUGGUUAGCAGUCAAUCACUCCAAGGCGGACUGGGUAAUUAUACUUACUCCAUACUGUGAGCUAACAUCAAAGUAUCUCAGCACCUUCUCGCCAACAUCGAGGUCUUCUUGAUGUACCCUUGGUGCUAAUCUCUGCGCCUCUAGUUCCUCCCAAUACUUGUUGAUUUGUGCGCUGGUGAUCUUCUCGGCUCUGAUCUCAACUUCUGAUUUCUCCUUGACAACCUCGACUGGGGCCGGGAUCUCAAACUCCUCCUCCUGCUCCAACUGGAUCUCCGGCACUGGGUCGACUUUCUUCUCCGAAAGUAGUUCCUUAACCAGCGGUG